CAUCUGAGUUCGACGGCGUGCUGUAAUUAAACCCCUUUUCCGCUUCGUUAGCAAGUCUCUUUCCUUUCAUUUUGCCUUUUUUAGUCUUUUUUCCAUUUUCUUUACUCCCCGUCAGCAGAUACCCCUGCUCCAGCCCCUUGCCUGCCGCAGAUCCAUUGCGAUCUACGAAAGAAUUCAUUUCUGAAUGCAGAAGUACGUUCGCGUGCCAACGGGAUGCCUCUCCAUGGAAACCGCCCGCGCUUCACUCCUGAUUGGUUAAUUCGUCUUCCGGUUCCUCAGAGCCUAAAUCGAUCAUUCCCGGCCCAGACUCGCAUGAUUGUGGAGUCUCUGAGAAGCGCGAUGUUGCCAGUGAGAGAGCCAAGGGGACAGGUCUUGCAGUGUCGGCUACGGUGAAAGAAAACCGACCAUGUCCGACUCCGAAGAGGAAGCGGGAUCCAGCUUCUACUCCCAUGGAGCGCUUCUUCCGCCGGUCCUUGAACGUGACGAUGCUGUGCAAGCAGACGUGGUGUGAGAUGCAAGCAGUCUACUCGCUGGAGCUGCCUCUUGUCGCGAAAAGAGAACUGGAGCGUGCGGAGGUGAAGGCUGGGGCGAGUGUUCACCUAGCCAGAGAGUUGGAGGUCCAUGAAGUGGUCCCUGUUCGGGCCGUGACCAGGGAGGAUCGACAGGCCAUCAACCUCCUUAAUCUGCUGGGCAUGAUUCCAGUCCUGCAGGCAGGGGGUGUUGUGCGUGAGCUGCCUGUGUUCGGUGUGCUGGAGGGGGUCUACAUGGUGGGUGUCAUUGAUGAGCUGCACUACAGUGACAGGGGAGAGCUGGUGCUGAGUGAGCUGAAGACCCGAAGGCACAGCUCACUUCCCAGGGAGGCCCAGGCCAAGGGCCACCGGCUACAGGUGGGCCUCUACAAGCUCCUGUUCGACGGCCUGGUCCGCGGGUUUCUGACCAGGGACGAUUUUGUGGAGCACCUCCGGCUGCGUCUGGAGCAGCCGCUGGGGGCUGCAGUACUGCAGCACGCAGGGAAGUUGGGCUUCCAGGUGACCACCUUGGGAGACCUCCUCGACGUACUCCUGCUCAACCUCCGCUACUGCGAGCUGCCGGGGAUCGACGUUCUACGCCUGGAGUACCGGCACCAGGACUCCGGCCUGGCCUUGGGGAGUCAGGACGUCCCAUUCGACGAGGACCUGCUGAGGGCGGAGCUCCGCAAUCUCCUGUCCUAUUGGACCGGCAGGCGGGAGCCGAGGGGAGUGGACAUCGAGGAGGCGUGGAAGUGUGGGAUGUGCGCAUAUGAGAAACACUGCCAGUGGAGAGGAGAGCAGCUACAAGGUUCUGUGACGCUGCAUACAGACAAGAAGCCCAAGUGAGGUGUCCAGGGACCCAACCUCGCAUAUUUUUACUGUUCUCUGAUAGGAUUUCAUGUGAUGCAGAUCUGCAGCUCAGUGCUGAGCCUGGCACUCAGUGUGCGCUGGGUUUACUUAAUUUGGAUUCAUUAAUCCUGUCUUCUAACCACUAAUCCUGGUCAGUGUUAUAGGGAAGCAUUUUUAAAUGUGUAUUUUAUGAACAGAGUUUAACUUUAUAAAUGUCUCAUGCAUGAGCUGUGUGACAUGAGGAGAGAAAAGAUUGUGUCCACACUGACAACAGGAGAUUUGAAUCUGACUGGUACAGCCUGUAAUAUUCAAUGUUGUGUAUAAUUUUUUUUUUUAAUCAACUUCUGUGUAAUUGAACCAUGUAUUGAUAAUGAAACAUUCUGAAAUCAAUAUUGUUCAUCUGAACCACGGCUAUUCUAAUCAUGGUCCUCGAGGUCCAAGGCGAGCACUGCUGGUUUUCCAGCCUUCCUCUACCUGUGAGCCCGGUGUGAAGCCUCUGGCCAAUCAGAAUCAGUAAUUAUUAAACUAACUACCUGGGAGAACUGGAAAAAAACGGAUUUGCAAUCGAGGUCCAGAUUUGAAGAACCCUGAUCUAAACUAAUUCAAAAGUCCACUUUGGUCCACAUUUUGGCAGACAUUAACAAUGUAAUGUGAUUAUGUAGCCAGCAGAGGGUGCUGCAGCUUUAAGCAGUUGACUGUAAUAGUUAGCAGUUGGAUUUCCGAAAGGGUGUAUUGUGCUGUAACGUUUAACCAUUUUCCUGCCAGAUAAUUGCUGUAAUGCCAAGUAGAAUCUUUUUGUAGUUUUUUUUUUUCUUUGUGUGCUAAUCUACAGUGUGCUGUGCCUUUUGUUUUUAAAGAUAUUCCAGUACAUCAAUGUCGUUGGUUUCCUUCUGCAUCCUACUUUCCAUUAGAAACAGCCCUUAAUUCUGUUUUUUUUUUAUUUUUUAUUUUUUUAAAUAUUCCUGAGAAUUUCAGCUGUUCGAGUUCGGCACUGUUAGCUGCAACAGCGUACACACUGUUUAUGGCAGAGUAUCCUGGAUCCGUCAGGACGCCCCUAGUUGUGACACCGAGCAUUUUGUACCUUAAGAGCGUGGCCGUCAAAACAAGACUGACCUUGUCUCCUACUGCACUGUUAUCCUGGAAGCAUCUAACGGGGUUCUGCUCUGCCGAAGCAGGGACCCUAAGGUCUGACCGAGGCCCAUUUUAAUGACCAUCAGUUUUGAUUUGUCCCCCAGGCACAGCAACAACUGAAUUUCAGCGGAUGCCUCAGUUCUGUUUUUGUCCCUAAUAUUCCGGUUGACAUUGGCCUCCCCUCCGCUUUUCCAGAAGAUCCUUCCUGCCCUAGGUGCCCGUUAGUCUCUGCCGUGAUGAAUAGACCCAAGGAGCCUCAAAGGUCCGUUCAGGAAGAGCACGGUAACGGGAGCCGGGUCGCUGAAGCCAAAUCCAUCUCUGUCGUCUUUAUGGUAUAUUUUAUGGUAACUCUGUAUCCUCCUCAAAUAUACUUUUUAUGCUAAAUCUAGGGCCCUUUUUUUUUUUUU